AUGGCGGCACAAUCCUAUGCGCAUACGUACGAGCUGGCGAGGUGCGCACGUGGGCAGAGAGGCUGGUACACGAGCGAAGCGCAGCACAAGAUCUCCGAAGCGUCUAAGGAGAUUAAGGCGGCCCAGCAGCAACUGCGUGGGGCCUCAAAGAACAGCGCGUUCGAGGCGACCCUGAAGGCGAUGCUCAAGGCGGCACGGAAGAAGCGCAGCAUCGCGAGGUGGAGAGCACUGGCAACGUUCUUCGAGGGCUAUGUACGGCAGCUCGAGAAGAAGAGCCGCGAGGGGGGAUCAGGCGGGUUUCUACAGGCACCUGAAGAUGAUCGACGUCGAAGGUCGUUCACCCCUCAGAACAUCAAGGACGAGGACGGCAAGGUCCUUCGAUCGAAGUCCAAGGAGGCGGAAGCGUUCGCGAAGCGCCAGCGCGCGAGGGAAGCAGAAGAAGAGAGUACGGCCUCAGGACCGAAGAGAAAGAAAACCGGGGAAGCGGCGGUGGGGGGGAAGAAACGGCGACCGGGCACUGCUGUAGAAGCGAGUAGGGCGGCGGAGGCAGCACUUGUGGCGAACCAUGUACCCGGCUGNUCCCUGCCUACUCUGCUGUGUUGGGUACCGUGAUCUCGCUCUUGCUGUUGCCUUUGUUUUUGUACGUCUGGCUGUCUGCCCAUCUUCCGCCUCUUUGUCCUGUUUGCUCCGUUACUCCCAUGCCUGGUGCGUAGUGUGUGGUGCUGGUACGUUACCCUUUGAUUUUUUCUUUGGGCGGGUGUGGGGAGCGUCCUCCUUUAUUUUUAUUUUUUAUUUUUUAUCGGUUUCCGAGGGCUCUUUUCUCGAACGGUCGGUGCGAUACCUGUUNACCUUCGGCCUCUGUGCUGUGUUUCUGUGUUUCUUUUUUUCAUGACCUCCCUGCCUACUCUGCUGUGUUGGGUACCGUGAUCUCGCUCUUGCUGUUGCCUUUGUUUUUGUACGUCUGGCUGUCUGCCCAUCUUCCGCCUCUUUGUCCUGUUUGCUCCGUUACUCCCAUGCCUGGUGCGUAGUGUGUGGUGCUGGUACGUUACCCUUUGAUUUUUUCUUUGGGCGGGUGUGGGGAGCGUCCUCCUUUAUUUUUAUUUUUUAUUUUUUAUCGGUUUCCGAGGGCUCUUUUCUCGAACGGUCGGUGCGAUACCUGUU